AUGGACUUAAUAACCAAUGCACAUGGACUUCUCCAUGAAUCUGUCGGGUUUGUACCUACAUUACCAACAUUACUGGCCAUCACCAACUCUCAUGAAAAUCUGUUGCUUUUGAUCUUAGCACACAAUGUUUCUUCUCCUCUCAUUACAGGUCUUGUCAAUAGCAAAGAAAGCAAUUUUAUAAAACAGUUGCGGGAGCAGAAGGAGAACAACUGCAUUGACCACAUUCCUUUGAUUCCAUCCACUCCGGAAGAAAUGGGAGACAUGUUAAAACUGUGCUCUUAUGUUCGCUUCAAGGUGCCCCAUCAAAUCCUACAGGGCCUUGUUGAUGUUCGGAUCCCACAUAAUGACUUUUACCGAAAAUUGUUUUUAGAGCUCAUGGAUGACAAGUCACGGGGUUGCCUCCAUAACAACAUGAGCAAGAUCAAAGCUACAACGCAGAUUAUCUGGGGAAAGCAAGAUCAGGUGCUGGAUGUUUCAGGAGCAGACAUUUUAGCGAAAUCAAUCUCUGGUGCCCAAGUACAUAUUCUGGAAAAUUGCGGGCACAAUUUAGUCAUGGAACGGCCCAGAAAAACAGCAAAGCUUAUUCUGGAUUUUGUCACCACUGUACAGAAUGCUGAGAAUAAUAAGAAACUGGUUUGAACUUUUCCUAUGGGUCUGAACCCUUAAGCCUAGAUGUUUCAGCUGAGAGGAAAUACUGCUAAUUUAAUCAGUUCUCAGGGAUUUUAUUCUACAGAACUUGGUGAUUGUGCCAAAAUCCCUGAAGAAAUUGGAAUAAUUCAUGCAUUUAAUUUAGAAGUUUUAUCAGUGCAAUGACUCUGGGAUACUGAACAGCCUUCACAUACAUAUGCUAAUGAUAAUAAAGUCUUAUAAAAAUCUGUAUUUCUAGAUAUUUCGAGGAAUAGUGAAAGACUUGCAAGGUAGUUGUGGAACACACUUUCCCCUCAAAAACAAUCCUCUCUUUUUGAUACCAAUCACACAUUUUAAAAUGUCCAAUUUGAAUUGGACAACAUGAUUAUUGCUAGGUAAAGUAGAAAAAAACCCACUGUCUUUUAUUGUUAGUGUGCUCCUUUCUUGGUCUGGUAAUGUUUCACUGAACAAGAGAGAAAAAAAUGGCAAAAGGCAAAUCCUUUUGGGACAGAUUCCUGUAUAGGUUCUAUGUUAUCCAAAAUUGUGCAUCUUGCCUCUCAUUUGGGCAUUACCUAUACAGUAUACAAAAGCUAAAAUACGACUGUGUCGGAAAAUUCUUAUCAUGGAAUGCAUUGGCCUCUUCUAGUUUUAAGCAGUGACUUCGUGCGAUCUAGCCUAAAUACCUAGUUAAUUGGAAUGUAGAUGGCAAUUGCAAUUGUUUUUAAAUAUGUAGGAAAAAUGGCCUAGAGCCAAAUUUCAUACAGAGAGGGCAAAAGAGAGCUUCCAUCUCUUAAUAUAGAUGACUUUGCACAAGGAAAUGUUGCCACCAAAGGCUUGGAUGAUCCAGAUACUCAUUGAAGUGCUGCUUGUAUUAUGUUAAGAUUUCAGCCGAGAAAAAAAUUUGCACGACAUAUUAAACCUAUGAAAGUUUUUACUGAUGCAGUGGAAGUCUUCAGUGUUUAUAUUGCUUUAUGAAGAAGGUGGUUUUGUGUUCCUCCACAGCCCCACAGUCUAUGUGUAUGUACUUCCUUAGGAGCAAAUGGAAAUAUUGAUGUCAUCUGGACCGACUAUAAUUGCAAUAGUGAAGCACUUGUGAUGUAGAUGGAUCCCUUCCUUGAAGGGCAGGUAUCACUGAGUAUAAAACCUGUGCACACAAGCAUACACAGAGGUUAAAUUUAAUUAAAGCCCAUGUGACUGUUUCUGAUGCAAGCAGUUAGCAAACUCCCUGUGAAGUGUAAUCUUAUUGUACAUCUAAUAAAGCAAAUGGAACUGUCCCAAAGCCAUUUCUGGAGCCAUUGUUUCAAUCGAGAUGGGACCUGAUCCAAGCAAUAACACUGUAUGUAAAUAAAUGUAGAUGUGAUCACGUUUUGGUUAGAAUUGGGUGGAACUGCUUUUUCAGCUUCCCCUGCUGCCCCUUUUUAUUAAAUAUUCUACUGAGUAAAUAAUUUACUUGACAAAUUUUGUAAAUUCUGUGAAUUGUUGAGUUCGAGUGGAGGAACUGAAAUGCACACCAAUAAAGUAGAAUUGGGGUAUUCUAAAUGUUUAUUUGUUAUGCUCACCAGACUCUUGCAAAGUGAAUAAUUUAUCAAUCUUCCACAUACUCUGCUUUUAAAAUAAUAUCUAAAGAAUAUAAAGCAUACAGUAUUCCUUUUCCUGAGUAUGCGUUCUCAUUUCUGAGUGCAGUUCUUUAGUGAACAAAAAUUCUGUAUCAGAUUUAGAAAGUUGGACUUCUUACAUCCUUGUAACUACCCUUUCCCUUUUUAUAUUUAUAUGGAGGCUUGUGAAAACCCCUUCCCACCAAGAAACAUUCAAUGAAUGUUGUUCCAUUGAGUAACAAUUUGCAGCAUAUUAGGUAUAUGUAAUCUAUACCCAAUGCAUAUUUUAGAAUGGCAGUUAAAUGAGUGAACUGAUUCCAAAGUAAUUUGACUUUGAACAAAACUUGUAUGCGUUGAAACAUUAAGAGAAUAUGUUGAUAUCAGGUGUGGUUUCUGAUUUUACAACCACUGUGGAAGUGAGAUACCAUUAUAUAAUACUGUAAUUUUGUUCCAAUUAAAAUACUUUAUUUGUGA